AAAAAAAAGGCACUUGACCUGCCUUGGAGGAAGUAGCGCGUAAAACUCCCCCCACAAAAACUACAACCCAGGCCGCCUAGAACGAAAAACGGAUUAAAAUUACAAAAACCCGUGCCAACAACAAGAAAAUUUUAGCAAAAAGCAGCCAAGGCAGCAUAAAACCUUUCCCACUCAUUCGAAUGUUUUUUGAUGGCCACCAACAACAACAAUUUUGAGAAGAAGGAAGCAGCAAAAAGGAUAUUGCUCCUCACUUUUGAUGGCCCUAAGCAUUUUGUUUAAAUAUAUUUGAGCAUUUUAUUGCCUCAGCCAGAGGGCGUCGAACGUAGGGCCGACAGACCUACAACCAAAGGAAUCAUCAUUCAUGAGCUCGCGCGCACACACACACACACACAGCAACAAGGAAACAACAAUACAACGGCAAGUGCCAAUGCUGCUUGCUGGACGGGUAGAAGGAAUGAAAAAAAGCAAACCAAAAUUUGCAUUUGAAAAAAUUUUGGUUUAAAAGCCCUGUCUGCCAGCCAGCCCACACAUACACUGGCACACAAACGCAGAGAAAGAUAAAUAAAGAAAAGAGAUCCCUAAAAACUACCUCUACCCCGCGCGGCAGUACAAAUUUAAAAAAAAAAGGGAAAUUGUAAAAAAACUCCAAAAGACAAAAAAAAACAACGAAUACCAAAAGAAAAAGAAAAUUUCAUAACAAAGAAAAAUCAAAGCAAAACCAUAAAAAUCUUUAAUUUCCCUUCCAACAAAAAUCAUACAAAAAAAUGACCAAACAACAAACGUGAGAGUUAUCGGUGUUUUUUCUUAAUAGGCAUAGCUCCUCUGAGAAUGAGUUGUGUUUGAGUGUGAGUUAAGGUGAUGUUUGUAAAUGACAACAUAACAACAACGAAGAUCAUUCAUUACCUUAAAACAUUUGAGGGGUCUAGAGUAGUAAUAAUUUUAGCAAAACGCAAACAAAAGCUAAGCGCUCGUUUAGUUCGCUAUCCUUUUUCCCCCUCUUCUCUUCUUUCUCCCUGAACAUCAUCUUUUCUGUAUUGCAUUUGGGGUAGCGGUUUUAAUCCGCCCAUAAAACCAUCAAAAUUAAGUUCUCCAAGCAAAAUCAUCAUCAUCCGGCAUACCGUCACGCUGAGAACAUCUACGACGGUGGCACCGAUACCGACGACGACGAAUGUCCUCUAGAAUCGUCCACCAUGAAUCCCUAUGAAUAUGAAACCACCUUGGAUUGUCGCGACGACACAAGAGCGGUGGGUGGUGGUGGUGGAGGCGGUGGUGGUGGCGGCGGCGGCAUACCAGUCGGCUCAAUGACCCCACGUCAUCCUCAUAGCUCAUCAUCGGCGACGGCUUCACAACAGAACACCUUGCACCAUCAGAAUCAUCAGAAUUUUCAAUUGCAACAACAACAGCAGCAGCAACAACAACAACAAACCGAUUCACAAUCAUCCUAUUAUGAUUAUGAAUAUCAACAUUUGCCACAUCGGGCAAAUGAAACACAACCCCCUUCAUCGACAUCCACAGCAGCCCGCACACAUGGUAGACAAGGCUUCCUUCUCGAAGGAGUUACGCCUUCGGCACCACCAGAUGUACCACCUAGAAAUCCCACAAUGAGUCGCAUGAAUAAUGGCCGCUUGGUAGCAGCAAAUCCAAAUGAUUUGGGUGUCGACUUUGAGCCCUCAUGUCUGGUGCGUACACCCUCGGGCAACGUUUACAUUCCCAGCGGUAAUCUAAACAUGAACAAAGGUUCACCCAUCGAUUAUAAAAGCGGUUCGACUUGUUCGACACCCACCAAGGAUACCUUGAAAGGUUAUGAACGUUCGAAUGCUAACAAUUGCCUGGGUCCUGUGCUUCCGCCACGCAGUGUCAUGAGUGGCAUACCCUCGCAUCAUUAUUCGGCUCCCAUGAAUUUCCGCAAAGAUCUGGCAGCAAGAUGUUCGGCCAAAUGUAUAGCCAUAGUAUCUGUAUCAGUGUUUGUGGCCAUGUGUGUGCUGUUAAUAUUUUUAACAGGUUUUGGCGUUCUCCAUUGGUCUCCCUCUGCCCCCUGUACAGUUCUAGUCGGCAAUGAGGCUUCCGAGGUGACUGCGGCCAAAAGCACUAAUACAGACCUCUCCAAGUUACACAAUUCCUUGUUACGCUCGAAAACUGGACAACCCACCACUACAGCCUCGUCCUCGAUGCCCUCAUCCUCGGUAUCGGCGGCGGCGGCCUCCUCGUCAGCCUUCCAAUCAACAUCGGCUUCUUCGGUAGCCGUAGGAGGAUCACAGGCAGCCACUUCCAUAUCCUCGCCAUCAUCAUCAUCUACAUCGCUGUCAUCACCAUUGGCAAAUGCCAAUAAUGGAGGUGCUCGCACUUUCCCAGCUCGUAGCUUCCCACCAGAUGGCACAACAUUCGGUCAAAUAACAUUGGGACAAAAAUUAACCAAGGAAAUACAACCCUAUAGCUAUUGGAAUAUGCAAUUCUAUCAAUCGGAACCGGCCUAUGUUAAAUUCGAUUAUACCAUACCACGUGGAGCCUCAAUAGGUGUUUAUGGACGUCGCAAUGCCCUGCCUACACAUACCCAAUAUCAUUUCAAGGAAGUGUUAAGUGGUUUUAGUGCCAGUACACGAUCCACAAGAGCAGCACACCAAUCGAUAACUCGCGAAGUUACACGUUAUAUGGAACCCGGUCAUUGGUUUGUUUCACUGUACAACGACGAUGGUGAUGCACAGGAAAUUACUUUUUAUGCCACAAUUGCCGAAGACAUGACCCAGAAUUGUCCAAAUGGAUGCUCCGGCAAUGGCCAGUGUUUGCUGGGCCACUGUCAGUGUAAUCCCGGAUUUGGCGGUGACGAUUGUAGCGAAAGUGUUUGUCCUGUGCUGUGUUCACAGCAUGGUGAAUAUAUCAAUGGCGAGUGUAUUUGUAAUCCCGGCUGGAAGGGUAAAGAGUGCUCUUUGCGGCACGAUGAAUGUGAGGUGGCCGAUUGUAAUGGCCAUGGUCAUUGUGUCAGUGGAAAAUGUCAAUGUAUGCGAGGAUAUAAAGGAAAAUUCUGUGAAGAAGUUGAUUGUCCCCAUCCCACCUGUUCUGGCCACGGUUUUUGCGCUGAUGGUACUUGUAUUUGCAAAAAGGGCUGGAAAGGUCCCGAUUGUGCCACCAUGGAUCAAGAUGCUCUACAAUGUCUACCCGAUUGUACGGGUCAUGGCACUUUCGAUUUAGAUUCACAAACCUGUACCUGCGAACCCAAAUGGAGUGGUGACGAUUGCUCCAAAGAACUGUGUGAUUUAGAUUGUGGCCAACAUGGACGCUGUGUGGGCGAUGCUUGUGCCUGUGACGAGGGAUGGGGUGGCGAAUAUUGCAAUACUAAACUAUGUGAUGCCCGUUGCAAUGAACAUGGCCAAUGUAAGAAUGGCACCUGUCUAUGUGUUACCGGAUGGAAUGGCAAACAUUGUACCAUAGAAGGAUGUCCCAAUUCCUGUUCGGGUCAUGGCCAGUGUCGCGUUAGCGGCGAGGGGCAAUGGGAGUGUCGCUGUUAUGAGGGCUGGGAUGGAGCAGAUUGUGGUAUUGCCUUGGAAUUGAAUUGUGGUGAUAGCAAGGAUAAUGAUAAGGAUGGCUUAGUCGAUUGUGAAGAUCCUGAGUGCUGUGCUAGCCAUGUUUGCAAAACAUCCCAGCUGUGUGUUUCCGCACCCAAACCCAUAGAUGUACUGCUGCGCAAACAACCACCUGCCAUAACGGCUUCCUUCUUUGAACGCAUGAAAUUCUUAAUCGAUGAAAGUAGUUUACAAAAUUAUGCCAAAUUAGAAACCUUCAAUGAAAGCAUUUUUUGGAAUUAUUUCAAUGCAAGUCGUUCUGCUGUUAUAAGAGGUCGAGUGGUGACCUCCCUCGGCAUGGGACUAGUAGGUGUUCGAGUCUCUACCACCACCCUACUAGAAGGCUUCACCCUCACCCGUGAUGAUGGCUGGUUUGAUUUAAUGGUGAAUGGUGGUGGAGCUGUUACUUUACAGUUCGGCCGCUCUCCUUUCCGUCCCCAGUCCCGCAUUGUCCAAGUACCAUGGAAUGAGGUCAUUAUUAUCGACACCGUCAUCAUGUCCAUGUCCGAAGAGAAGAGUGUUACAACGACUACGCACACCUGCUUUUCCCAUGACUAUGACCUAAUGAAACCCGUUGUGCUGGCCUCUUGGAAACAUGGUUUCCAAGGUGCUUGUCCCGAUCGAUCUGCCAUAUUGGCCGAAUCACAAGUUAUACAAGAAUCGCUACAAAUACCCGGUACUGGGCUUAAUCUAGUCUAUCACUCAUCAAGGGCUGCUGGCUAUCUAUCCACCAUAAAACUUCAACUGACGCCCGAAACCAUACCUGCCACCUUGCAUUUAAUCCAUCUGCGCAUAACAAUUGAGGGCAUACUGUUCGAUCGUGUUUUCGAAGCUGACCCAGGAAUUAAAUUCACCUAUGCCUGGAAUCGUCUGAAUAUCUAUCGUCAACGUGUGUAUGGUGUCACCACCGCUAUAGUUAAGGUGGGCUAUCAAUACACCGACUGCAAGGACAUUAUUUGGGAUAUUCAAACUACCAAGCUAUCUGGUCACGACAUGUCCAUCUCUGAGGUGGGCGGUUGGAAUCUCGACAUACAUCAUCGCUACAAUUUCCAUGAGGGUAUUUUGCAGAAAGGCGAUGGCUCCAAUAUCUAUUUGAAAAAUAAACCGCGUGUCAUCCUAACCACCAUGGGUGAUGGACACCAACGGCCCUUGGAGUGCAUGGAUUGUGAUGGCUUGUCUCUGCGACAACGACUAUUGGCUCCAGUGGCCUUGUCCGCUUCUCCCGAUGGCAGUUUGUAUGUAGGUGACUUUAACUACAUACGUCGCAUCAUGACCGAUGGCACAGUGCGCACAGUGGUCAAACUAAACGCCACACGAGUCAGUUAUCGCUAUCACAUGGCCCUUAGUCCCUUGGAUGGCACCCUCUACAUAUCCGAUCCAGAAUCUCAUCAAAUCAUAAGGGUACGAGACACAAAUGACUAUUCGCAACCGGAAAAGAAUUGGGAACCCAUUGUUGGCUCCGGAGAACGCUGCCUUCCUGGCGAUGAAGCGCAUUGCGGUGAUGGAGCUCUGGCCAAGGACGCCAAGCUGGCCUAUCCCAAAGGCAUUGCAAUUUCCAGCGACAAUAUCCUAUACUUUGCCGAUGGCACCAACAUUCGCAUGGUCGAUAGAGAUGGCAUCGUCAGCACUUUGAUUGGUAAUCACAUGCACAAGUCUCACUGGAAACCCAUACCCUGUGAGGGUACUUUGAAGUUGGAGGAGAUGCAUCUGCGUUGGCCCACCGAAUUGGCAGUGAGUCCUCUGGACAAUACUCUGCACAUAAUUGAUGACCAUAUGAUUCUGCGCAUGACUCCAGAUGGCCGCGUCCGUGUUAUCUCAGGCCGUCCUUUGCACUGUGCCACCUCCUCGUUCCUGUACGACUCUGACCUGGCCACCCAUGCCACCUUGGUUAUGCCACAGUCCAUAGCCUUUGGUCCUCUGGGAGAACUGUAUGUGGCCGAGAGUGAUUCGCAGCGCAUAAAUCGUGUCCGUGUCAUUGGUACCAAUGGCCGUAUAUCCGCCUUUGCUGGAGUUGAAUCGAAGUGCAAUUGUCUGGAACGUGGCUGCGACUGUUUUGAGGCAGACCAUUUCCUGGCUACAAGUGCCAAGUUUAAUACCAUUGCCGCUUUGGCUGUAACCCCUGAUGGACAUGUCCACAUAGCUGACCAAGCCAAUUAUCGCAUACGUGCCGUUAUGUCCAGCAUUCCUGAAGCCAGUUCUUCACGCGAAUAUGAGAUUUAUGCUCCGGAUAUGCAAGAGAUCUACAUCUUUAAUCGUUUUGGCCAACAUGUUUUGACCAAGAACAUACUAACCGGUGAAACCACCUAUGUUUUUACCUACAAUGUCAACACCUCCAAUGGCAAAUUGAGCACCGUAACCGAUGCCGCUGGCAACAAGGUAUUCCUGCUGCGUGACUACACCUCCCAGGUUAACUCGAUUGAAAACACCAAGGGCCAGAAAUGCCGUCUACGCAUGACCCGCAUGAAAAUGUUGCAUGAGCUGAAUACCCCCGACAACUACAAUGUGACCUUUGAGUACCAUGGACCCACAGGUUUGCUGAAAACCAAGCUGGACUCUACGGGAAGAUCAUAUGUCUACAACUAUGAUGAGUUUGGUCGCUUGACCUCGGCCGUUACACCUACGGGACGUGUCAUUGAUUUGGCCUUCGAUUUAAGUGUAAAGGGAGCCCAAGUUAAGGUUUCUGAGAAUGCUCAAAAGGAAAUCUCUAUGCUGAUCCAAGGCUCAACAGUGGUAGUGCGUAAUGGUGAGGCCGAAUCCAAGACCAUGGUAGAAAUGGAUGGUUCCACCACCAGCCUUACACCAUGGGGACAUUUGCUGCAGAUGGAAGUGGUGCCCUAUCCUAUUUUGGCUGAAAUCAGUCCCAUUAUUGGCGAAAGCUACCCUGUGCCCGCCAAGCAACGCACCGAAAUUGCCGGCGAUCUGGCCAACCGUUUCGAGUGGCGCUACUUUGUAAGACGCCUGCAGCAGGGCAAACAGAACAAAGGUCCCCGCACUGUUACUCAAGUUGGCCGCAAACUACGAGUCAAUGGCGACAAUGUUCUCACUUUGGAAUAUGAUCGUGAUACCCAAUCCAUUGUGGUAUUGGUUGAUGAUAAGCAGGAGUUGUUGAAUGUUACCUAUGAUCGCACCUCGCGUCCCGUUAGUUUCCGUCCUCAGUCGGGAGACUAUGCUGAUGUCGAUUUGGAAUACGAUCGCUUCGGUCGCCUGGUCACCUGGAAGUGGGGUAAUUUGCAAGAGGCCUAUACCUUCGAUCGCAAUGGCCGCUUGAAUGAAAUCAAAUAUGGCGAUGGUUCUUCGAUGUUUUAUAACUUCAAGGAUAUGUAUGGUUCGCUGCCUUUGAAAGUAACCACUCCCAGGAAAUCGGAUUAUCUGCUGCAAUACGAUGAUGCUGGAGCUUUACAGAGUCUGACCACACCACGAGGACACAUACACUCCUUCUCGCUGCAAACAUCCUUGGGCUUCUUCAAGUACCAAUAUUUCUCGCCCAUAAAUCGUCAUCCCUUCGAAAUUCUGUACAAUGAUGAAGGCCAGAUAUUGGCCAAGAUACAUCCCCAUCAGUCAGGCAAGGUUGCGUUUGUGCAUGACAAUUCUGGUCGUUUGGAAACCAUUUUGGCUGGCCUUUCCAGUACUCACUACAAUUACCAAGAAGCUACAAGUUUGGUGAAGUCUGUGGAGGUGCAGGAGCCAGGUUUCGAAUUACGCCGUGAGUUUAAAUACCAUGCGGGUAUCUUGAAGGAUGAGAAACUACGUUUUGGUUCCAAAAACUCUUUGGCCUCGGCUCACUACAAAUACGCCUACGAUGGCAAUGCCCGCUUGACUGGCGUAGAAAUGUCCAUCGAUGAUAAGGAGAUGCCCACCACACGAUAUAAGUUCAGCCAAAAUCUUGGUCAGUUGGAGGUGGUGCAGGAUCUGAAAAUAACCCGCAAUGCCUUUAACCGCACCGUGAUCCAAGAUUCUUCGAAACAGUUCUUUACCAUCAUUGACUACGAUCAGCAUGGCCGCAUCAAGAGUGUGCUGAUGAACAUCAAGAGCUUUGAUGUCUUCCGAUUGGAAUUGGAUUAUGAUUUGCGUAAUCGCAUCAAAUCCCAAAAGACUACCUUUGGCCGUUCCACAGCCUUCGACAAGGUCAACUAUAAUGCUGACGGCCAUGUCAUAGAGGUAUUGGGUACCAACAACUGGAAAUAUUUGUACGAUGAGAAUGGCAACACUGUGGGUGUCAUAGACCAGGGAGAAAAGAUAAAUUUGGGCUAUGACAUUGGCGAUAGAGUAAUACAGGUGGGUGAGAUCGAAUUCAACAACUAUGAUGCCCGCGGAUUUGUGGUGCGCCAUGGUGAACAGAAAUACCGUUACAAUAAUCGUGGCCAAUUGAUACAUGCCUUUGAGAGGGAACGCUUCCAGACCUGGUACUAUUAUGAUGAUCGCAGUCGGCUGGUGGCCUGGCAUGACAGCAAGGGUAAUGUAACCCAAUACUACUAUGCAAAUCCCAAGUCGCCUAUGCUCUUGACCCAUAUGCACUUCCCCAAGGUACAGAAGACCAUACGUUUCUUCUAUGAUGAUCGUGACAUGCUGAUGGCGGUGGAAACCGGAGAACAGCGCUUCUAUGUGGCCACUGAUCAGAAUGGCUCUCCCUUGGCCUACUUCGAUAUGAAUGGUGCCAUAGUGAAGGAAAUGAAGAGAACACCAUUUGGCCGCAUUAUCAAAGACACCAAUCCUGACUUCUUUAUACCCAUCGAUUUUCAUGGAGGUCUUUUGGAUCCUCAUACAAAGUUGAUCUAUACCGAAAGUCGUCUGUAUGAUCCCACCUUGGGACAAUGGAUGACACCCUUGUGGGAAACCUUGGCCACCGAAAUGUCUCAUCCCACAGAUGUGUUUAUCUAUCGCUAUCACAAUAAUGAUCCUGUUAAUCCCAGCAAGCAGCAAAACUACAUGAUAGAAUUGGAAUCUUGGCUUCAAUUGUUUGGCUAUGAUCUAAGCAACAUGCAAAGCUCCAAAUAUACCAAGGCCACACAAUACAAUCCACAGGCUUCAAUAAAGUCCCACAGCUUGGCUCCCGACUUUGGUGUUAUCUCAGGUUUGGAGUGCAUUGUGGAGAAGACCAAUGAGAAAUUCAGCGAUUUUGAUUUUGUACCCAAGCCUUUGCUGAAGAUGGAACCUAAAAUGCGCAACCUCUUGCCGCGAGUCAGUUAUCGUCGGGCUGUAUUUGGCGAAGGAGUGCUGCUUUCACGCAUUGGUGGCCGAGCUUUGGUCAGUGUGGUGGAUGGCUCGAAUAGUGUGGUGCAGGAUGUGGUCUCUUCGGUAUUCAACAACUCCCACUUCUUGGACUUGCACUUUAGCAUACACGAUCAAGAUGUCUUCUACUUUGUCAAGGACAAUGUGUUGAAAUUGCGAGAUGACAAUGAGGAAUUGCGAAGACUGGGAGGCAUGUUCAACAUAUCAACACAUGAAAUUACCGAUCAUGGUGGUUCGGCAGCCAAAGAGUUGCGCUUGCAUGGGCCCGACGCAGUGGUUAUCAUUAAAUAUGGAGUAGAUCCUGAGCAAGAGAGACAUCGUAUUCUAAAGCAUGCCCAUAAGCGAGCGGUGGAAAGGGCAUGGGAAUUGGAAAAACAAUUGGUGGCAGCCGGUUUCCAGGGACGUGGAGACUGGACCGAAGAGGAAAAAGAAGAACUGGUGUCACAUGGUGAUGUGGAUGGUUGGAUUGGAGUCGACAUUCAUAGUAUCUACAAAUACCCACAAUUAGCAGAUGACCCCGGUAAUGUGGCCUUCCAACGUGAUGCCAAACGCAAGAGAAGAAAGAUUGGCAGCAAUCAUAGUAGGUUGUCGUCGGGCAAGGGUCGACGCCAGCAAAAGCUCAAAGAUAUGUCGGCGUGAAAAGAACCUUUCGAAGAAUUUAAUGACGAAGAAGAAGAACGACAACUGCAACAACUACAAUACAACACAAAUGAUGUAGAAGAAGAUAACGAAGACGAGCAGGAGAUCGAAAACGAUUUUCACGAUAACGAUAAAAAAGACUUGGUAAGCAACUCAACCGAAGAUGACUUGUAUUAUUAAAUAAAACUAAAAUAGAAAAACAAUGAAAUUAUAAAUCCAAAAAACCCCCACAUUUGUAAGACACACCACGAUUUAAGAACUACUUAAGAAGAAUACAAUUGAAAAUUGAGUAAAAGAAUGAAAACGAAAUAGAGAAAUCAAUUUGAAUCUCUUCAAAAAGCAUGGAAAAUGUAAACAUUUUCUUUAAACAUAUGCAUAUACAUAUAAAUAUAGAAAAUAAACUAACGACAUCAAAAACUUGUAUAGGAAAUGAAAUGCAAAAGAAAACAGGAAAUUGUAAACUAAGCAAACUCGCUCGAAUAUUCCAAAAACAAGUAUGCAUUGUAUAGGCAAGGUAACCCUGGCUGCUACACUGUCAAGAAAUGCCUAAACCUACAUUAGAAUGGAAAACCAAAUACAUAAAAAAAUUUAAAAAAUAAUUUUUAAGGAUGGUUUAUACUAGUAAAAGAAAUCUCCUUUUUAUGUAUUUGGUCUUUCUCAAGAAAAAAAAAAUAAUACAAAAUUUGCAAAUCAAUAUCUAAAAAUUUAGAUAUAGCCAGACAUUUAUAUAUAUAAAUACAUACAUAGAAAUCACAACAACAAAAACGUAUUAUAGUUUUGUAUAAUACUUUCAAAAACAACAAAUACAAGCGAAAAAGCAAGAUACACUUUAGAUAAAACAAAAACUCAGUAAAAUAGAAUCUCAAGUCUUGAGUAAAGUAAUGCAAACAAACAAAAAUAAAUGUUUUUAUGUAUGAAAAAAAAAACCAAAACAAAAAUAAAAAUAAAACAGCAAACAAGAGAAUCAAUGUGAGAGAUUACAAAAAAAUAAUACAUUAGCUAAAGAUCAGAAGAAAAAAUCAAGAAUCAGAAUCUCCUUAAAUAAUUGUAAUGUUAAAACAUAAUAAAAUAAAAUACAAAAAAUACACACUACAUGCCUCCUCACCACAAUACAUAUAAACAGAAACCCAUAGAAAAACCCCUUCAAUAACAAUUAAAUGAAACCAGGCCCAUAGUUACAAAAAUACAAAA